AUGGCCACACCGACCAGUGGCAAUGGCAAUUUGGUGGACGAAUUCGACGAAGCAUUCAUGUCGCUCGUCGAGAUCAUAUCGAAAGAAGAAGAAACGUUCGCGCCGGGUGAUAAAGAAGAAGUAAGAGUAGACAUAGAUCAGUGUACGAUACGAUUUAUUGAUAUCGCCAGACAACUAGAAGCGUUUUUCCUUCAAAAACGAUUUCUCCUGUCGGCACUGAAGCCCGAAUUGAUCGUAAAAGAAGACAUAUCCGAGCUGCGCUUGGAAUUAGCACGCAAGGAUGACCUCAUACGGCGACACUACGAUAAAAUCGGCGUUUGGCAAAAUCUAUUGGCUGAUCUACAACAAGUGGCCAAAUCGCCUGCCCAGAAUACGAUGGGCCAGAGUCCCAUGCCUGCACCGAUGCCUUCUCCUCUGUCCGGGCCGAUCGGACCACCCCAACAACAACCGUCGCCUCAAGUACCCGGUUGUAUGGUAUCGCCGCAACAGGCAAUGUUCUUGCAGCAACAACAGCAACAGCAGCAACAACAACAACAGCAACAACAGCAGCAGCAACAACAAAGGCCCGGCGGUCCUGUGGCUGGGGGAUCGAUGGGUGGAGGACAAAUGGCUGGAGGACCAGGAGCGUUGUUGCAAGGACCGUUGGCCUAUUUGGAAAAGACCACCAGCAAUAUAGGAAUGGGCGAUGGGAGAAGGUGA